GAUCGCCAGCGGCUUCGGGGGCGCGCUCUUCGUCUACUUCAACCGCAAGAUCGUGCAGUUCAUGCGCCGCCAGAAGACCAUCAACCGCUUCCUCAUGAAGAAGUGGGUGACUGGUGGUCCCUGGCAUCGGGGCAGAGGAGCCAGGGCUGCACCGACGUCACCCACUGCCCCGUACCACCCUGCCAGGCGCCUGCUCUUCCCUGCCCUGGUGACACUGCUCAUCUCCACGCUGACCUUCCCGCCCGGCUUCGGACAGUUCAUGGCCGGCCAGCUCACCCAGAAGGACACCCUGGUGACACUCUUCGACAACCAGACGUGGGCCAAGCAGGGCCUCAGUGACGAGUUCGAGUAUUUGGGCAUCCUGGAGGCCUGGCGGCACCCCCGCUCCAACGUCUUCGUCACACUUGUCAUCUUCAUCCUCAUGAAGUUCUGGAUGUCAGCCCUGGCCACCACCAUCCCGGUGCCCUGCGGAGCCUUCAUGCCCGUCUUCGUCAUCGGGGCAGCCUUUGGGCGCCUGGUGGGGGAGAGCAUGGCAGCCUGGUUCCCUGAUGGCAUCCACACUGAGAGCAACACCUACCGCAUCGUGCCGGGGGGCUACGCUGUGGUGGGGAGUGGGGAUGACCCCACCACGGCGGGUGUCCCGGUGUCCACGGCUGUCAUCGUCUUUGAGCUGACGGGGCAGAUCUCUCACAUCCUGCCAGUCAUGAUUGCCGUCAUCCUGGCCAACGCUGUGGCCCAGAGUCUUCAACCCUCCCUCUACGACAGCAUCAUCCGCAUCAAGAAGCUGCCCUACCUCCCUGAGCUGGGCUGGGGCCACCACGAGUGA